CGAGGGGGAGACGUCAUGCAGGUUAAAUUGUACACAAAGCAUGGAACCCUGAAAUAUCAAACAGACUGUGCUCCAAAUAAUGGUUACUUCAUGAUUCCUCUAUAUGAUAAGGGGGAUUUUGUCCUUAAAAUUGAGCCUCCCCUAGGGUGGAGUUUUGAGCCAACAAGUGUGGACAUCCAUGUGGAUGGCAUCAAUGACAUUUGCACCAAAGGAGGUGAUAUCAAUUUUGUCUUUACAGGAUUCUCUGUAAAUGGGAAGGUUCUCAGCAAAGGUCAAACACUGGGCCCUGCUGGAGUUCUUGUUGCACUGAGGAAUCCUGGUUCAGGAGUGAAUAUGCAGGCUACAAUCACUCAAUCUGGAGGAAAGUAUGCUUUUUUUAAAGUGCUUCCUGGAGAAUAUGAAAUCUUUGCUUCUCAUUCUACUUGGAUUCUGGAAGAGGCCAAGACAACUGUGCGGGUGACCACCUCCAAUGCUUAUGCCUCUGGUCCUCUGAUUGUGGCAGGUUACAACGUGUCAGGGUCUGUUCGAAGCGAUGGAGAGCCCAUGAAAGGCGUUAUGUUCCUCCUUUUCUCCCCUUCAGUGACCAAGGAGGACAUUUUGGGCUGCAACACCUCACCUGUGGAGGGUUUUUCUGCAAGGGACAAUUCUCUUGUCUAUCUCUGCAAUGUCAUCUCCAAAGAAGAUGGGUCUUUCACUUUCCUGUCUUUGCCGAGUGGAAAGUACACUGUGGUACCCUUUUACAGAGGAGAGAGGAUUACAUUUGAUGUUGCUCCAUCUAGAUUGGAUUUCACAGUAGAGCAUGACAGUUUGAAAAUUGAGCCUAUCUUCCAUGUCAUGGGCUUCUCAGUCACUGGUCGGGUUUUAAACAGUCCUGAAGGCGAAGGGGUUGCUGAUGCUCUGGUGAUGCUGAACAGCCAGAUUAAAGUUACCACAAAGCCUGAUGGUUCUUUCCGCCUUGAAAAUAUCACCACUGGCACAUACACCAUUCAAGCACAGAAGGAACAUCUGUUCUUUGACACCAUUACAGUGAAAAUUGCCCCAAAUACUCCCCAGCUGGCUGACAUAAUAGCAACAGAGUUCAGUGUCUGUGGACAGAUACUGGUAACCCGCUUUCCUGAAUCAGUCAAGCAGACCAACAAAUACAAGGUAACCCUCUGGCCUCAGGAGAGGGAUAAAGCAGUCUUGGUUACUACAGAGACUGACACCCGUGGGGCGUUCUGCUUCAAGGCCAAGUCAGGUGCCUAUGUCAUCCAGGCUAUUGUUCCUGAGGCAGAAGCCAGAGCAGGUCUUGCUUUGAAGCCCAAAACAUUUCCUGUGACUGUAGCCUCCAAGCCAGUGCUCGAUGUGAUGUUUUCCCAAUUCCUGGCCUCUGUUUCAGGGAAAAUCACCUGCUUGGAUGCUUGUGGUGAAUUGUCUGUCACUCUUCAGUCUGUGACACGUCAGGGUGAAAAACGCAGCCUCCAACUUGCAUCGAAAUCCAACUCAUUGACUUUCAUUUUUGAAAAUGUGCUUCCAGGCAAAUACAAAAUGAGUAUUAUCCGCGAAGACUGGUGCUGGAGGAAUAAAUCUUUGGAACUUGAGGUUUUGGAAGAAGAUGUCUCUGGGGCUGAGUUUCGCCAAACAGGAUAUAUGCUGCGAUGCUCUCUUUCCCAUGCCAUCACUUUGGAGUUCUAUCAGGAUGGAAAUGGUCCAGAAAAUGUUGGAAUUUACAAUCUAUCCAAAGGAGUGAACAGAUUCUGUCUCUCAAAGCCUGGUCUGUAUGAAGUAACGCCCCGUUCCUGUCACCGUUUUGAACAUGAGUACUACACCUAUGACACGUCUGCUCCCAGUAUCUUGACACUGACUGCAAUUCGACACCAUGUCCUUGGAACUAUAACAGCAGAUAAAUUGAUGGAUGUGAUGGUCACCAUUAAAUCCUCAAUUGACAGUGAACCUGACUUGGUUCUUGGCCCACUGAAAUCCCAGCAAGAGCAGCGUCGGGAGCAGCAGCUGGCUGAAAUCGAGGCCCGUAGGCAGGAGAGGGAAAAGAAGGGUGUAGAGGAAGAAGGGUCUGAGCCCCCCGUGCAGGAAAUGGUGGAGGAACUACAAGGGCCAUUUCACUACGAGUUCUCAUACUGGGCAAGGUCUGGGGAGAAGAUCACAGUAACACCAUCCUCAAAAGAGCUCCUUUUCUAUCCCCCUUCAGUAGAAACAGUCAUCAAUGGAGAAAGCUGUCCUGGGAAGCUGAUAGAAAUCCAUGGAAAGGCGGGUUUAUUCCUGGAAGGAACAAUUCAUCCUGAAUUGGAGGGCGUUGAGAUAAUCAUUAAUGAAAAGGGAGCACCAUCUCCUCUUAUCACGGUUUUCACUGAUGACAAAGGUUCCUAUAGUGUGGGGCCACUGCACAGUGACCUAGAAUAUACGAUUACUGCUCAAAAAGAAGGUUUUGUCUUGAGUGCUGUGGAAGGGACAGUUGGAGAUUUUAAAGCCUUUGCUCUUGCCGGAGUCACCUUUGAGAUCCAAUCUGAAGAUGACCACCCUCUUGCUGGGGUCCUCCUGUCCCUGAGUGGGGGAGUGUUCCGCUCAAACCUCCUGACUCAAGACAAUGGCAUGCUGACUUUUUCUAAUCUGAGUCCUGGCCAGUACUACUUUAAGCCUAUGAUGAAGGAAUUCCGUUUCGAACCCUCAUCUCAGAUGAUUGAAGUGCAGGAAGGACAAAAUCUGAAAAUAACCAUUGUUGGUUACAGGACAGCAUACAGCUGUUACGGAACUGUUUCUUCUUUGAAUGGAGAACCUGAACAAGGGGUUUCAGUGGAAGCCAUUGGGCAGGGAGAAUGCAACAUGUAUGGAGAAGACACUGUAACCGAUGAAGAGGGCAAGUUCAGGCUGCGAGGGCUGCUGCCUACUUGUGUAUAUCAUAUCCAGCUGAAAACUGAAGGCAACGAUCAUAUUGAAAGAGCCCUUCCACAGUAUUCUGCAAUUGAGGUUGGCAACAGUGACAUUGAGAAUGUGAAUAUUAUUGCUUUCCGUCAAAUUAACCAGUUUGAUCUAAGUGGAAAUGUGAUCACUUCCUCUGAGCAUCUCCCAACCUUAUGGGUGAAGCUUUACAAGAGUGAAAACCUCGACAAUCCAGUUCAUACAGUCUCCUUGGGACAGUCUUUAUUUUUCCACUUUCCACCACUGCUCCGGGAUGGAGAGAAUUAUGUGGUGCUUUUGGACUCAACACUCUCCAGAUCUCAGUAUGAUUAUACCCUUCCUCAAGUUUCUUUUACCACAGUUGGGUACCAUAAACACAUCACAUUGGUUUUCAGUCCAACGAGAAAGCUGCCUGAGCAGGAUAUUGCCCAGGGCUCUUACAUUGCCUUGCCAUUGACACUGCUUCUCCUUUUGGCUGGUUACAACCAUGAUAAGUUGAUUCCUUUGCUGCUCCAGCUAACCAGUCGCCUACAAGGAAUGUGUGCACUCGGGCAGACAGGUUCUGACACAGGUGGCCUCGAGGAUGUGAAGAGGCAAGCCAAGAAACAGAAGAUGAGGCGGACGUGAGGCAAAAGAGUAGAACUCACAUCAGCUUCGUUCUGGGGUUUCUGACUGGCAUAGCUGCUAAAAGGGACUGAAUCUGGGACUGAUUGAAGACCUCUGUGUUCUUUUACACCCUGGGCCUAAAAAAAUCCAUCAUCUGUAUGAAUUUUACAUGGAGUUGACAGAAUACCACAAUGUAUAAAAAAACAAAAAAACACAACUGGUUCUUGACACUGAAAACUGUUUCUAUGCUUUAAAAAAGAAUUGUUGGCAGAAUAUUUUCUUGGAGGAAAUAAAUUACUGUAUAUUUUUGUUCACUUAAGAUCUGUGUCAACAAUGACCAAUAAAAUUUGAUUUUGCCUCCCG